UGAGAUGGAUGAUGAAGCACAGAGGAGCAAGGCGAGGAAGAUGAUCCGACGAGGCGCUGCAACUCUGCGUGCCGUCGCCUUGCACGUAGCCAGGUUUCUGAUCAUCAUGGCCAUUCUCUUGGGGGCGAUUCGCUUGAGAUUUGAAGCAGCUGUCGAAACUCAAAUAUAUACUGAUGAUGAGGAAGGGUUCAGCCGGUGGGCUCUCUGUAUUGGAGUUGUAACCAUAUUCCUUGGUUUCUUGUUUGUGGCUCUUGGGAUUCCCAUACUUGCUUACUUGUUUCUAAGAUUGUCUCAUAGGUUGCAGCAUCAAGAGGAGCAAAAUGGCACUCAUCCAGAAGGAGAGACGACAAUCUGUGAAGCUUUUGUUGGUAUCCUUGUGAGUGUGAUCACAGUCUUCUUGCUAUUGUGGGCCAUUUACACUGGAUUUAGACUUGCAACGGAACCUAGAGGACACAGCAGAUACCGUUUCUUAACUUUCUCAAUUGGACUGGUCACCAUUGUCUUCGGUUUCAUCUAUUCUAUCAUUGGAGUUGCAUUCAUUUUGGAGCUAGUACUAGAUUUGUCUAUCCUCUUAAAGCAGAAAGAGGGUAUGGGUGGCACCCAGAGAGGCCACAGUAUGAUUGUUAAAAUCUUUUGUUCGACAAUACUGUUGUAA